UCUGAGGAGAGGCGGUACCUGACGCGUCAUGAUCAGCUGCUAUAAUCAGCCUACGCUUGUGGUGAUUCCCAGCGUACACGGGUUUAUCUCUAGACGUCUCACAUCCACUGUACCUCUGAGCGUAUUUACAUUUUAGCACAUCACAUUCAGGCGUUAGGACAGAAACAGCACUAGUCCAGUCGGAAUCAUGUCUGUAGCGGGACUGAAGAAACAAUUCCACAAAGCCACUCAGAGAGUUAGUGAGAAGGUCGGUGGGGCAGAGGGAACUAAAUUAGAUGAAGACUUCAUGGAAAUGGAAAAGAAAGUUGACGCCACCACAAGGGCGGUGUUGGACAUUAUGACCAAGACAACGGAGUACCUACAGCCCAAUCCAGCAACUCGUGCCAAAAUGAGUAUGAUCAGCUCCAUGUCUAAAAUCCGUGGUGGAGAUAAAGGUACUGGCUACACACAGACUGAAGUCAUCCUGGGAGAGUCCAUGCAAAAGUUUGGCAGGGAACUCGGGGAGGAAUCCAGCUUUGGUCUGGCUCUGAUCGAUGUUGGAGAAGCCAUGCGAGAGCUAGGUGAAGUUAAAGAUGCUCUAGACAUGGAGGUCAAGCAAAACUUUAUUGAUCCCUUGCAGAAUAUGCAUGAUAAAGACUUAAAAGAAAUCCAGCAUCACCUGAAGAAGUUGGAAGGGCGACGGUUGGACUUUGACUAUAAGAAGAAAAGGCAAGGAAAAGUCACAGAAGAUGAGAUCAAACAGGCCUUGGAGAAGUUUGAUGACUCAAAGGAGGUUGCCGAACAAAGCAUGUUUAACCUUCUGGAGAGUGAUAUUGAACAAGUGAGUCAGAUUUCUGCUCUGGUCCAAGCUCAGGUGAACUACCACAGACAGGCCACAGAGAUCCUUCAGCAGCUGUCCAGCAAGUUAGAGGACAGAAUAAGAGAGGCUUCUAAUAAGCCAAGAAGAGAGUAUGUCCCCAAACCUCGCACUUCUAUCGAUUUCAGUGAGAACCACAAUGGGAACAUUGGGCACAGUGGCCCUUCCAGGUCACCAGCUCCAAUGGACCAGCCUUGCUGUCGGGCACUUUAUGAUUUCGACCCUGAAAAUGAGGGUGAGCUAGGCUUCAAGGAAGGUGACAUCAUCACCUUAAGCAGCAAGAUUGAUGACAACUGGUAUGAAGGAGGGAUCAAUGGGCAGUCUGGCUUCUUCCCUGUCAACUAUGUAGAUAUCCUGGUAGCUUUACCCCACUAAGUCUUAUGCAUGUACCCUAAUCAUGACCCAAUCAAUCAAACCACUUCUUCUGCAAGAAGAGAAAAUAACCAAAACAAGCAGCACAAACAGCUCUGUGGUACUUGCGCAAAGGAAAUAAGCAACAGAAUCAAUUGAGUGCUCUUUUGGGAAUAUUAUUCCUGACUUGGAAUGCCACCACUUUGUUGUAUUAAUUUCUUUAAUUUUCUUGAGGUUGAUCUGACCUCUGCAUUGCCUGCUGCUAUUCCUCCUGUAUGUUCAGACGCUGUGUUCAUUUUUGCAAGCCUUGAAUUUGUCUCUUUAUCCAAACCCUUUUUUAAAAAUAUCUGCAAUAAAAUGUAUUUUGGUUUUUAAGUUCUUAGCAUAAUGUAUUUAUGAACAGUUAUUUGAAGAAUAAUGAUCAAGGUGAUGUGAAGUAUUAAACAUUUGAAGGAUUUUUUUCUUUGAAAUUGCAAUAGUUGCAAAUCAAAAUACAUAUUUCCUGUUCAUAGUGUGAAAUGUUCCAAUGUUUCUUUAAUGUCCUAAAAUAAAUUUUAGCCUUUAAGUGGUGGUAGAUUUGACUAUUUAAAAUAGAUUAAUAUUUAGCAACAAAGAAAAAAAAUGAGACAAGGAAAGUUAAGCAAAUAAUUUAUUUGUUGUGUUACAGUGUCAUUUAUCUGUCAUGUAACAUUCUAUAUGGUCCAUGAAUCCAGUGGGCAUUUUCAAGCUUUCAUAUCACAUUCCAUAGAUGGUAAACUGGCCGCUAAAAGGCAACCCAAAAUUCUUUUGUGUGUGUGUAUUACUAUAUGCCUGAGUAUGUUAUCUGAACCCAUAAAACUAUGCAUAUCAUACAUUUUUCAUAUAUUUUUCUUUUCCUUUUGUAAAGG